AUGCACGCGCCCGCACGCGUGCCGCCGCGCCCUACUGCUCCCCCGUCCUCGCGUUGCUGGCUGCAGCUUGUUGCUGCCGCCGCUGCGCUCGCCGACGCCCGCUGGCCGCACGCUAACCCGCGUCCCCGACGCGCCCUCACACGCACCCGCGGCUGCUCGCCUUCGCCGACGCGCCUCCCGCUCCACCCCGUGGCCGAUGCUGGCCUCCUUCGCCCAGCCAUUCCUCACGCCGCGCUCGCUGCCCCCGCCAUUGCCGCGCCGCUGCUCACCCCCUACUGCAGCGGUCGCCGCAGCCGUCCUGCCCGUGAGCCGCGCCGUCGUCGCCCCGCUGACUGCCGCCCCCUGCGUCGCCUCUGCCGGCCGGCGAGCCGCGCCGCCGACCACGCACCCGGUGCCAGCGCCCCGUGCACGAGCGCGCCUAGUAAAAAGACCGGAGGGAGUACGUACAAGCCGCAGCGUGCUGUACAAACUUGGCCCAGGAAAACUGCAAUAAAUGGACGCGGAGAUGAGGAAAGGCCGCGCCUCGCCUGCCUGCCUGCCUGCCACCGUGACAGGCGGCAAGUGCUCCGGCCGGUGGACGCGCGCGCACGGGGCCCACUGCUACAAGCGCAGGUCUACACCGUGCGACCAGAAUCGCACGGCCUGGAUCACCCGUCAAACCAGGCAAUGACCACCCCAACGGCGUCAGAGGGCGGGGAGCCCCACCGCCCACCUCGCCCCCGCGUGCCGCCGUGCAGGCGCACUGCCCCACGCCACGGGCUCACCACCGCCACCGCACCGCUCUCCUCCUCCUCCUCUACCUCCGCGUCAUUGCGCCUCCCCCAACAUUUAAACCAGCGCUGCUAUACACACGAUGGCAGUUUCGUCCGCACAGUAGUUUCGCAUUUAAACAGCCAAACCAAACAAAAGCCACACACGCCGCCCCGUGCUGCUCCACUGUACCACCACCCACAGUCCCACUCUCCCACUAUCCCCCAGCCUCCAGCUGAGCCAGCUCCCCUCGCCGCCACGCCGGCAAUGGCGCCCGCUUGCUCCCUCCCCGCCCUUCUCCUCCUCACCCUCGCGGUGCUGUCCCCCACCCCGGCCGCGGCGGCGCGGUUCGCGUGCAACGCCACGGCGCCGCGGGCCUCCACCUGCCAGGCCCUCGUCUCCUACUCCCCGCCCAACGCCACCACCCUGGCCGCCGUCCGCGCGCUCUUCCAGCUCCGCUCGCACCGGGCGCUGCUCGCCUCCAACGACCUCCCGCUCUCCACGCCCACCACCGCGCCGGCCCCGUUCCCGGUCCGCGUCCGCCUGCCCUGCCUCUGCUCCGGGGGCGCCGGCGCCACCUUCCAGCGGCCCACCUACAAGGUCCGCGCGGGCGACACGCUCGACGCCGUCGCCCGCGGCGCCUUCGCGGGGCUCGUCACGUACCGCGACAUCGCCGCCGCCAACAACAUCUCCGACCCCAACCGGGUCGCCGUCGGCCAGGAGCUCUGGGUGCCGCUGCCCUGCAGCUGCGACCCCGUCGGAGGGGAGCCCGUCGUGCACCUCACGUACGUCGCGCCUGCCGGGAGCUCCGUCGCCGGGAUUGCGGAGGAGUACGGGACCACGGAGGAGACGAUUCUGGCCCUCAACCGCAUGCCCGACGCCAAGAGCCUCCUCGCCGGCCAGGUCCUCGACGUGCCGCUCCGAGCUUGCUCUUCUGCCAUUAGCAACUCGGCCAUCGACCGCAACCUCCGCGUCCCCAACGCGAGCUACAUCCUGACGGCCAACAACUGCAUCAUGUGCGGCUGCAGCUCCACCAGUUGGCGGCUGGACUGCCAGCCGACGCAGGGGUUGACACCCUCCUGCCCUGCGGCGAAAUGCGGAGAUCUGUUCCUCGGGAACACGUCGACGUCCGCGACCUCGGCCUGCGAGAGCACGACGUGCUCCUACGCCGGCUACACCAACGGCACCUCGUUCACCAUCCUCGCCAACCUCACCACCAGCUCCGUGUGCAACGCUGCUGGGAUAUCGCCGGCCGCGCAGCCGGCCCACUCCUCGGCGUCCAGAUUGGGGUCGCCGGCGCGGUGGUCGGAGCUGAUCGUCGGGCUCCAUGUCGCUCUGCUGUGCCUCGGGUUUCUGCGCCGUGACUGAGUAGCAAUUCAGAUUCUUGUCGCUGGACGUGUAGGUCGUAGCUCUGUCUUGUGAGUAAUUUGGGACGCGCUGCAUGUGCAUGUGCGGCUUCGGUUUGCAGGAUGUGUUAGAAGGCAGACGUUAGGGGAACACUCGCUCUGUGUUAGAAGGUGCUCGUAGAUCAGAUCGGGGCAGAUUUGUAGUGCCGAACAGUAUUUCCAGCGUUCUUGGUUUUGGCCUGGUGUUAUCACUGUCUUGCUAUAAAAUGGGGACCCUCUUUGUUUUA